UCUUUAAACUGCAGACAGUGUCUGUGAGUGCUUUGAAAUGGCGUUGGUCCAUCACAAAUGUCUGAGUUGUUUAUAGUAAAAUUGCUAAUGUAGUGGACUUGCAAUAUAUUCAAACCCUUCGACAAUAUUUUUUGGGACUUAAACUACACACCAGGACAUAAUUUGUGGAGCGAAAACAAUGCCGUAAGGGCUGUUUUUGAAUACUUUGCGCUGCAUUAUAAGGCCUCAAUUAACCCUGAACAAUCCUCGGCCUUUCAUAAGGAUUUCAGCCGAUUUCGAAUGCUUGGUUGGAAUAUAUUUUUGCAGCAAGCAGAUCAUUUCAUGCCCGGUACCUAACCAUGGCGAAUACAGUGCAUUGUGUGUGAGUGGGCUAGGCACCGAUUCCCUGUAGCGACACGCCACCGUUAACCUGUCACUGACAUUGCCCUGCUUCAGUACAAUCACCACUCGAUCUGUAUAGAGAGAUCUAUAGUUUAAUGCAACUUCGUACCUGUUUUUAAUUUUGACUGUUAAUCGCGGUUCUGCACUGUUCUUGGUGUAGAUUAAGCCCUAACUGUCAGAAACAGAGCCGUGCUAGGUACCUAUUCGUUAUGGCGUCAGUUCCAGUGUACUGCUUGUGUCGCCUGCCCUACGAUGUUACACGCUUUAUGAUCGAGUGUGACAUCUGUCAAGAUUGGUUCCAUGGAAGUUGCGUAGGAGUGGAGGAAGACAAAGCAGCAGAGAUUGACCUGUACCACUGUCCCAACUGUCAGGUCACCCAUGGGCCUUCUGUCAUGAGAAAGCGGCGUGGAGGUACCAAGCAGGCUGACGCCGGAGCCACUGCUGGAAGAGAAACCUCCGGUAGACCGGUGAAGACCGGGAGUCCACAGUUUGUCCGAGAGCUACGAAGUCGCACCUUCCCAAGUGCUGAUGAGGUGCUUUUGAAGCCAUCUGGAGCCCAGCUGACAGUGGAGUUCCUGGAGGAGCGCUCCUUCAGUGUUCCUGUGCUGGUCCUCCGGAGGGAUGGCCUGGGCAUGAAUCUCCCCCCGGGCAACUUUGGAGUCAACGAUGUAGAGCAUUACAUCGGUGCCGACAGGGAAAUCGAUGUGAUAGAUGUGUCUCGCCAAGCCGACUUGAAGAUGCGCCUGGGGGACUUUGUGGAGUACUACAACAGUCCGAACAGAGACCGAAUCCUCAACGUGAUUAGCCUGGAGUUCUCUGAGACCAGGCUAUCUAAUCUGGUGGAGACUCCAAAGAUUGUGAGGAAGCUGUCGUGGGUGGAGAACCUGUGGCCGGAGGAGUCAGUGUUUGAACGACCCAAUGUCCAGAAGUACUGCCUCAUGGGUGUCAAGGACAGCUACACAGACUUUCACAUUGACUUCGGGGGCACCUCGGUCUGGUACCAUGUUCUGCGGGGCGAGAAGAUCUUCUACCUGAUCUCCCCCACGCCGGCCAACCUGGCCUUGUUUGAGUGCUGGAGCUCCUCGUCGAACCAGAACCAAAUGUUCUUUGGGGACCAGGUGGACAUGUGUUACAAGUGCUCUGUCAAACAGGGGAACACGCUCUUCAUCCCAACAGGAUGGAUCCAUGCUGUACUGACUCCUGUGGACUGUGUGGCGUUCGGAGGGAAUUUCCUACACAGCCUCAACAUUGACAUGCAGCUGCGAGCAUAUGAAAUAGAGAAGCGACUGAGUACAGCAGAUCUGUUCAGGUUUCCAAACUUUGAGACGGUGUGCUGGUAUGUUGGCAAGCACCUCCUUGACACAUUCAGAGGUCUGAGAGAGAAUCGCAGACAUCCAGCUACCUACCUGGUCCACGGAGCCAAAGCCCUGAACAACGCUUUCCGUACCUGGACACGCAAAGAGUCUUUAGCUGACCACGAGGUGGAGAUACCAGAUAAUAUCAAGACUCAGCAGCUGAUCAAAGACCUGGCCAAGGAGAUAAGACUGGUGGAGGACAUCUUCCAGCAAGGACGUCCUACUGCUCCUUUCAGCUCUACACAGGGCUUCCCGUCCCCCCUCCCCAAAACCUCCCCUCUGGCCAUCUCUCAGAGUCCCGGCCGCCCCCCGGGGAAGAAGAGAGGCCCCAAACCAAGGGACGUGUCCCCGAGCCCCAAGAAGAAGGGUCAUAAGGGCUUAAUGAAAGAGGCAGGAGAGCUGGACCUGUUAGAAAUCCACACCAAACACACGCUGAAGAAAUUUCAGUCUGGAAACAAGAAAAACAAGAACAAGUUAGAGCUGCCUCUGGAGGAGUUCGAAGGGAAAAUGAGCAAGAGCAAAUUGAGGCUGGUGCUUACAAAUGGAAAAAUACAGGGGAAGAAGGGCGCACGUUCAGGCAGCAGCAAUGGCGCGGGCCGCGCCCCUCAGUUCCAGCACCAUCCAAUGGGAGGGAACGCCCUGUCAGACUUUGAGUCCGAAGACGAGCUGCAGAUUGAUGAGACGCCCCCUCCGCGACGCAAGGCUGGAGGAUCUAGCAAGAAGAAACUCCGCGGCCUCCCCAGGAAGCUGCCGAGGGCCAAGCCUUGCUCCGACCCGCAUCGCAUCAGGGAGCCCGGUGAGGUGGACUUUGACAUUGAGGAAGACUACACCACAGACGAAGAGUCCCUGGCUGUCCACGGCGUGAAGGGUGGCGCUGGGGGAAUCCUGGACUUGCUGAAGGCCAGCAAACAGGUGGCAGGGCUGGACUCUGCACUCAGUGAGGAAGCCCCUGCUUCUCCCAGCACGCGAGACGCUAUCCAAGGCAUGCUGUCAAUGGCCAACCCUCCGUCCUCCUCUUCCUCAUCCUCUUCCUCCUCCCCUCUCUCCAUCUCCGGAGGGCUCUCUGAGGGCCUCGGGGUACUGAAAGAGAAAGGAGGGCGGGCCGUGUGGGUGACAGGAGCCAAUAAAAACCGGGGAGGGGGAGGAGCCUCCAAAGAAAAGAGAACGUUCCAGCGCCCUGGGAAACGGCCUGUCAAGCGGCCGUCCCGUCACCUUAGUGACGAGGAGAGUCAAGACGAACAGGAGACCCUCGGCACGUGUUUUAAAGACUCUGAGUAUGUCUAUCCCUCCCUGGAGUCUGAUGAGGAGGACCAGGCCAACAAAGCCAAGAUGAAGAGGAAGAGAAACUGGGACGACACUCCCUGGAGCCCCAAAGCCCGGGUGACCCCGACACUGCCCAGGCAGGAGCGGCCCGUGAGGGACGGGGCCAGAGUGGCUGCCGUGGAGACGGGCCUGGCAGCAGCUGCUGCCAAACUGGCACAACAGGAGAUCCAGAAACCGACCAAGAGGAAGUACACCAAAAAGCAGCGCCCUGCUGCCCCUCUUGCCCCCCCUCAGCCCCUUCCUCAGGCCGAGCCGUCCCCUCCGUCUCCUCCUCUUGCUCCGGAGCCUCCCACUCCAGACUUCAGCCCUGAGCGAAGGCUGGAGUGCUACUCGGCCAGCCUACUGGACCAUGAGUACACGGCUGGCCCUGGCCCAUUCGGUCCAGGAGGACCCAGAGGGACCGCCGCUAUGGCCCCUGGUGUGUUUCUCACCUCCAGACGACCUUCCCUCUCCCCCCAGAACAGCAGCACUUACUCCCCCUCGGCAGCCUCUCCCGCUGGGCUAGCCAGCCCAGGCAGCGUUGGAGCUGGUGGAGGGAAACGUCCAAAGAAAGGACUUGCUACAGCAAAACAGAGACUAGGAAAGAUUCUGAAAAUACACCGUAAUGGCAAGCUUCUUCUGUGAGAGUUGGAAAGAUGGUCAGAUGAAUGGAGGAAGAUUUUUGUUUUUGGAGGACCGAUGGAUGUACAUUAAAGAACUUGAAGGAUGUAACUGAUUUAAGAUACUAUAUUUUUUAUUCUAUUAUUCAGCUUGUUCAUCUGGAAUCUUCACCUAAACCAUUCAUCCAUUACAGUUUUACGCCUAUACCCCCUUUUCCAGUCCCCACAAUUAUUGAAUAGCCAACAUUCUACUGCGGUACUUUGCUUUCAUGUUUGUUAUUAUUCAUAUUUUGAUAUGAAUAUAUUUUGAAUAUAUAUUGAGAAAGCAUGUAAUCAUUUAGAUCAGUUGAAAAUGUAUGGGUCAUUUAAUUGAUGCAUUAUGUGUUCUGAUCAUUUUACCUAGUUCUCUAAAAUGCGGGAAUCAUGUAUACAUCAGUGGCAUGGGGAAAAUUGAAUUGUAGUUGACAAUUUAUAGUUUCUGGAUAAUAGUUUGAAGUUGUAGAUGGUGCAUUCUUCUCCUCAGAAUGUGCAUUUAAGGCAUAAGGCAGUAAAUUGUUUUAAAUUAGUACGAAAGGGAAAUUAUUUCCAGACUAUUUGGCCAAAUGGAAUAUAAAAAAAAAAGAAAAUCAGAGUAAUAAUGGACAUCUACUCCUUUUUAGUUUUGGAAUAUUUUCAGCCCUUUUGUAUUCAUUGUGAUGUAGUAGGGAGAGUGCCAUCCCAUGCCUCCUCCUUGCAGUGUUUACAUCCAUGCACUCACCUUACUUUCAGCUACUCCUUGUUCAGUUCCAACGAUUCUUAUGAAUCUAGCUUAUUCCUUUUUAUUCUCGACCCAGGUUUUUAUUUUUUUGUAUGUAGAUAGUCACCGAACUUUCAUCAAAGUGUAUCCCUUCUCCACAGUGUCUGUAGAUAUUUUAAUUGAAAUUAUCAGUGUGCUAAUAACCCCAAGAAAGAGUUCACGUGGUUUUUUUUUCCCACUUGUUUUUUUUGUUGUUGUUUGUUUUGUUUUCAUGUAUAUCACUGAUCUGUAUGCCUGUUGUGCUAUCGUUGGGCACUCCUUGUCAUGGCAUUAUUACCCAGACUGACUGUUCCUUGGAUACAUUUACCUCACUUUUGGAUGAAGUUGUGUGUUUUUAGUUGUGUAUAUUUUUAAAUUAUAUAGCCAUCUGGUCAAAGCUGUACCCAUCAUAUGGAGGUUCUGCUUCCUAAUAAUUUUCCAAUUCAUGUUUGUUUUUUAUUCAGAUCUUAAGUGUUAAAGACUUGAGCCUGCAAUUUUAGAAUGCUUCCCAAAUGAUGCCCUAUGCUUUUGUGCAAUACUUUUAAACCAUGGUCUUCUUGGCUUUGCUUAAAAGUACCGCAUUAGUUUCAAAUUUGCCAUUUGGGACUUAGAUGUAGAAUUAUGCUUUAUUUAAGGAACAGGCUGCGUUUAGACCGGCAGGCGAAUUCAGUUGUUUUUAUUGUUAUUAUUAUUGGUCUUUUGACCAAUCAGAUCUUUUCACAUUGGAUGUUGUCACAGCUAAUGUGAUUGGUUAAAAGACCCGUUUAGUUAUGGAAAAUAUCUGAAUUUUAUUGCCUGUUUGAAUGCAAACGUGGAGUUGUAGUUUUUAUGUAAACAUAUUGAAGUCAGGAAGUGGGAAUUUGAUAAUGAUUCCAAUAUGUAAAUAAUUGUUGUAAUUUUGUUUUAUAUAGUUCCAAAGGAAGUCUUUGUUGUUCUUUCUUAACAUACCAUGUAUAAAAUUCAUAAAUGUAAUUCAAAAAAAAUGAUAACAGUCAAAAGUUUAGUUCUUUUUUUGUUUGUAUCUAAUAAUUAUGAAAUUGUGUUUAGUUGCUCAUAUAUUGAAUUUAAUGUUAAUAGCUCGCUGUCAUUGGUUUGGUUGGUUUUAUUUUUUGUCUUUUAAAAAAAAAACAAUGGUUUUAGUAUUAAUUAUAUUUACUGUUGUGUCAUUGUAUUUGUUAGACCUGAAAAGCAUUGUCCUGGAGGAGAUGUACGCAUUUUAUAUUCAUAUUAUUUCUGUCAUGCUUUUUUUCCACCAGUACCAUAAAAGGCCCUGUAAGCACUUAAGUUGUACAUUGAAUUUGACAAAAUGGUGGGUGGUGUAUGGUAAGAUGUUCACAGGUGUCUUGAUUUUCCAUGGGCAUUAAAGAUCCCAUGACACUUACUGUAAGAUAUGAGGUGUUAACCCUGGUGACCUGACUAUAUUUCCAGUCUGGUCCUCAAACCAUCAUGCCCACUGAAUUAUCAAUGGGUUCAGUUUGUCUUAUAAAUCUCUUUUCCCUGUGAAACUAGUUCCCAGACUUUCUGCAAAAUGAGAACAGGUCUUUAGUUAACUUGGUGAAAUAAGUCUCAACUAAAAAUUAAAUAAGGCUUUAGUGGUACAAUAUAGUUUGUCUUUAUAUAAAUGUGCAGAGAUAACCAUUGUUCACUGUCUUCACAUUGGUUGUGAAAUACUUUGGGUGCAAUCAAAUACAUUGUACAUCAAUUGUACAACUUGUGUGUAAAGCGCCAAACGAUGUGACCUUGUAAUUACAUGCGCCAGUACUAGAACAUGGAUGGUAUUUUUAAUACUGUUCUCUGCAGUAGACCCGGGUCUUACACCAGACUUGGGUUAAAAUACUAUUUGAAAUCAUUUUAAGUUCUUGUUUGAGCAUGCCUUUUGCAAUUGUACUGACAAUGUACCUUGUACUCCAGGUAGGCUAAAUUAAUCACUCCAGGUAUUUUGAUGGCUAUGAAUACUUUUUAAACAUUGAUCUGCCUUAUUACAACUCCACAGCUUCAUUGCUGGACAGAUGGUGUUCACAUUGGUAUCCAACUCAUUAUCAACCCCGUAUGUUCUCAUGAUUUCAAUGGUUCUGACUGCUAUUAUUAUCGUAAUGACAACCAGGAACAUUAUUUGUAUUAAACACAAAUACUUUACAUGUU